AUGAAAAUUAUUAUUAAUCUGAAAAAUAACUAUUUUAUAUAUUAAUCCUAUGAUGUCAUAGGUAGCAUUUAUAUUACCUUCUUCCGCACAGCUUUAUUUCAAGGCUAUUUGGAUUAAAUGGAGGGGGAACUGAAUGAUGAUAUUGACAUAUUUGAGAAUUUAAAUGAAUCAGGGAAAGGUAAAUUUCAAACGAGUUGAUUCUAAGCCCACCAUUAUCGACCUCACCGAAGCGUACUACCGUGGGAAUGAUGUUGAGCAAUUCGUUUUUGAAGUCUGAACGAUGCGAAAGCAGAAGAUGUAUCAGAUUCUAUAUCAGUUAAAAUAAUACAGAUCAACGUAUCUUCAAUAUAAAUCUUAGUAAAAGCCCUGAAUAUUUUGCCUUGUUACUUAGGGUUUACAAAUCUAUGUAGAAAUCAAAAUUUAGAGAAAAGGGGUUGGGGAAUAAUCAACUCUUUCCUGAGUAAGAAAAGAUAUCUGUAUAAAUUAGGGUGCAGAUACCAAUUUUCAACUGUUAGGAAGGUUUAAAGGAAGUAUUUUAUGGUAAAUAGAAUUUUAAAAAGAAAAUUACAGUUUUUAAAGAGAGGUUAUAGAAAUUUUGAAAAUGAGCUUAAAAAUUUUUCUCCUAGGACGUCGUAUAGGAUGAGCAAACCAAAAGCCGAUCUAUUUAUUAUUGUUUAAAUAAUUUAAUAAAUAUAAAUAUAUAUUUUUAAAUGCAAAAUAAUUAAAUACGCUAAUUGGUUUUGAUUCAAGAAUAAAACCUAUUUGAAGAAGAAAAAUUAAAGUUAAAUGAAAAAUAACUUUAAGGAUAAAGGAUUAUGCUCAUAUAGAAAUUUGAAAUCGUUAAUUUAACGAUAUCACCGAAUUUGAGAUUUUUGAUCACAUAUGAAAAACCGAAAAUUACAGAAAAGUCUUAAUGGAAGAUGAGAUCAUAAUUAAGAAUAUUUGAUAAUUAAUAAAAUAGAAUUUUAACUAUAGUAAAAAAUGUAACUAUUAAAACUGUAAAAUUUACAGAUGAUUCAAAAUAUUUAAUCAUUUUCCCUUUUCUGGAAUAAGUAAAGAUUUUUGAUAUUGAAACCCAAAAGCAUCACGAAAUAUUGAAAACUAAUUUUUUAGCCUCAAUCGAUUAAAAUAAUAACAUGUUCAUUAUUGAUAAGGAGUGGAAAAUAAUCAAGUAUUCAAUACCAGAGAAGAUCUUUACAACUUGUUGUUGUUUUCAAUGGGUAUCAAAAUGCAUUAACAUUUUCAAAGAGUAUUAUUUAAUUAUCAUUCAAUAAUAUUAUUACAUUUUAUUUUUAAGCAACCAAAAAUCAGUUAAAUAGAAAAAAUAGUUUCUUUAAAUAUUCAAGAAUGAUUAGGUAAAUAUUUUUUAAAGAUUUCUUUGUGUUAGAAUGAUUGAAAAUAAUAGAAUAGAAUUCACUGUUGAAAAUUUAUUUAGUGGAAAAACCAUUCGAAGGAUAAAAAAUAAAAAAGGAACUUCUUGUAAUAUAUUUGAAAACAAAGAUUCUACGUUUUUUUUUGGGUUUUCAAGGAUUUAUGAAGAGAAAACUCAGUUUUUUAUUUUUGAUUUAAUCAGGGGUAUUAAGCUUGAAUUGAUUUAUGAUAAAAAAUUCCUUUUUAGGAUUUGCAUGAAGUAUUUAAAAUGA